AUGUGUAUUCCUCGUCGUCUCCAUACCGUACCUUCCGACAAACAGGACAAUAGAAUAUUGAAACGAGCUAAUCUCCGGGAAAUCUUUGUAAGUUUGGCUUCCUUUAUCACUCCUGUAGGUUGCAGUUCCGUUGAUAUACCCGCCUGUGGAAUUGCAACUCGAAAUGUAACAGAAGACAUUUCAUUCAAAGAUAUUAAAAAAAGAGCGGAUGGUAAUACUAAUGAUGAUGAUGACCAUGGCGAGUUUACUCAAUGUGCGGGCAGCUUCCCCAUCACGUAUGCUGACAAUAAAGUAACUUACACUCCGAAAAUCUGGGAACCUGGAAAUACUAUCACUGAGCAUUUCAAAGGAACGAGCAGUGCUACAAUUGAAAAUGGAACAAUAGCAAAGUGGAACAUCUACACGACCAACAAAGAUUUUUUGUUUUCAUUUAUAGUUGACUAUUGCACACUUCUCGCUGACGAUGAUAAGCCAUGUCCAGUUCCGCCAGGUUCCUUUGACAAAACAGUAAAAUGGAAACUUAAUGAUGAUCCCGAUCGUCAACCUAAAGACGUAACUAUUGAUUAUUACUUCAAUUCGACACGUAACGAUGUCAGAAAAAGAGCUCCUGGUGGUAAAUUUACCCAAUGUCUUGGCACCUACCCUAUUGAAAUUACUGGGGCCAAGUACACUCCACUAAUAUAUGCACCCGGACAAAUUACAACCAUGCGCUUGAAAGGGACAAGCUCUAUUGUAAUUGAACCAAAAACCAUCAUGGUUGUGAAUGGCUUCCUUAAGAAUAAAUUAGAAUUACAAUUUCAACAUAUAGUCGAUUAUUGUCAAGUAGUCGUCGAACCCAAUAAUUUGGCUUGUCCGUUUCCAGCAGGACAUUUCGACUUUACCUUCCCAUGGAUGGUUGAAGUUAAAACUGAUCAACCUAAGGCCCAAAAUAUCGAUUAUUACGUAAACGUCACUAAAGGUACAAUUACCGUGGCAUACCCUUAA